AUCAUUCAUCGAAAAGAAGAAAAAAAGGGCUUACUUUCAUUAUAAAUUGCACCCAUUUCCCCAAAUGUGUCUCUAUUCUCUUCACCCGAAACUUGCAUAAGAUGAGUUUCCAGCUGAUUUUUUCCCCUCAAUUUUACUCCAUCUUCUUUAUCUUAAUUCUCCUCCCAACAUCAUACAGCAACGGCGUCGAUGAAAGUUUAAUGGACUGCUUUCAUCCCUUUAGCUGUGGAGACCUGAAAAACCUUUCCUAUCCCUUUUGGACCGACGAUCAUCCUCAACACUGUCACCUUGAAGGUUUCGAGCUGAUCAAAUGUGAGGAUCCACAGCCACUCAUUCUUAUUAGUGGCCAUGAAUUCCGUGUCUUGCAUAUAAACCAAUCCGUUUAUAGGAUGACUAUUGUGCGAAUCGAUCUCUGGGAAGAUACUUGUCCCAAGAAUUUUGUCAACGUAACACUCGAGCACCCUUUCUUGCACUAUUCUAAAACAAAUCAAAACCUGACUGUGUUUUUCAAUUGCAUCCCCUGGAUUGAGAUGCCCUGUGAAAAUAUGGUUCAGAGACUUGUUGACCCUUUCUAUGCAACUGAUCCAUUUGUUAUUAGAGAUAAUUUUCAACACCUCAGAAAAUGUGGUACCUCUGUUCAAGUUAAUAAGACCAAUUUUGACCGACUCCGGAAUAGAAAACUCAAUCUGCUCGAGGCUCUGAAACAAGGGUUUGACAUGGAAUAUGAUUUCUAUGAAAUUUUCUGCUCGAAAUGCAAGGAUUUGGGUGGCAAAUGCUUUAAAUCAAGUUCAGAUCUUCUAUGCAAGCAUGGUGGAGCUAACGAUAUUCAAGCCAACACAAAUGGAAAACUACCCAACAAUUUACUAGUUGUUUCCUUUGGUGAAAUGUUGAUGGACUUUGUACCAACCGUUGGAGGCGUUUCUCUGGCUGAAGCACCUGCUUUCAAGAUGUCUCCUGGUGGUGCUCCUGCUAAUGUGGCUGUUGGCAUAUCCAGAUUAGGUGGUUCAUCAGCUUUCAUCGGCAAGGUUGGUGAUGAUGAAUUUGGCCACAUCUUAGCCGACAUUCUGAGACAAAACAAUGUUAACAGUUCUGGAUUGCGAUUUGACCAUAGUGCAAGAACGGCAUUAUCAUUUGUUACACUCAGAUCUGAUGGUGAACGGGAAUUCUUGUUUUUCCGUCAUCCAAGUGCUGAUAUGAAUCUUCGCAAAUCAGAACUCGAUAUAAACCUUAUUAAGCAGGCAGGGAUAUUUCAUUUUGGUUCUAUUAGUUUGAUCGAGGAACCAUGCAGGUCAGCUCACCUUGCUGCAAUGAGCAUUGCGAGAAAAUCUGGCAGCAUCCUAUCCUAUGAUCCAAAUUUAAGAUUGCCAUUAUGGCCAUCAGCAGAGGCGGCUCGAGAGGGUAUAAAGAGCAUUUGGGAUCAAGCAGAUGUUAUUAAGAUUAGCGAGGAUGAACUUACAUUCUUUAUUGAAGAUGAUGACACUUAUGAUGAUAAUGUGGUGAUGGAAAAGCUUUUUCGUCCUAAUCUUAAGCUUCUGGUUGUAACUGAAGGAUCAAAGGGUUGCAGAUAUUACACCAAGACAUUCAAAGGCAGGGUUCCAGGCAUUAAAGUGAAAGCCGUGGACACAACUGGUGCUGGCGAUGCAUUUGUCAGUGGUAUGCUGACCAGUUUAGCUUCUGACAUAAAGCUAAUUGAGGACGAAAAGCGGCUAAGAGAAGCUCUACUUUUCGCCAAUGCUUGUGGAGCGCUGACAGUGACAAAAGGAGGUGCAAUUCCUGCACUACCCACCAAAGAAGCCGUUCUCGAAGUCUUAAAAGGAGUUGCUGCUUCAUGAUUUAAGCGAACACUGAUCCCAAUUCGCAUAUUAAGCUCACUUGGUUUAGGUUCCAGUUGAAGUUGUAACAUUUUCUCCUCACUUUUGUGAAUGUUGUACUUUAUUUUGCGAGUAGCAAAAACUAUGAAGCAGAGACUAGAAGUGUAGAACUGUAUUUUACCUGGUUAGGUUGAUGAAUAGUGAAUACACUCUGCUUGCUCCACUUGUUGGAUUUCUCAUUUCCUUGUAUUGCAUAAAGCUUGUAAAAUUCUGACCUUUCGGCAUUCUGUUCUUUAGCCGCUUGAAUUUCAAUGUCUAAACUCAGCAUCCAAGCCACAUUCUGCUUCUCUAAUGUUUCUCCCUGUUUCUCUAAUGCGGGAAUUUAUGAAACGUUUUC